CCUUAUCUCGACCCUUGCAUUUCCUGAUGCCUUCCAGCACCUCCGUCCUUGUGUCAUAUAUCAAAUUCUUGCGUUUGGGUAAAAAAAAUUCUAGGCCAAGCUUUGAAACACACUCACAAUUUCAUAAUAUUAUGUUAUUCGGUUAUUGUUAUGAUAUUUUGGACGGAAAGACACGGGAGCUCAACUCAACCAUUGCAAUGAUAUAAAAGCCAAAAAUUGCUCACAACAAUUCAGUUUGUGUUCUAUAACUGAACUUGUAACAAUACAAAAAUGAUUGCAAAGAUUCUAUCCCUCUCAGCCCUCUUGGCAGCCACCCAAGCAGGUUACUUAGACCACGGCUACUCGACUUCCUACGCUUCUAACCAUCUAUCAGCACCGAUCGUCUCUCACGGAUACGCUGCUCCGGUCGCCUACGCUGGACACGGUGACUACUCUCACGACCACCAGGAUUACUACGCCCAUCCCAAAUACCAAUUCGAAUACGGGGUAAAGGACCCCCACACCGGCGACCACAAAUCCCAGCACGAAACUAGAGACGGAGAUGUUGUUAAAGGGUACUACACCGUCGCUGAGCCCGAUGGUACCUUGAGAACCGUCCACUACACCGCUGAUGAUCACAACGGCUUCAACGCUGUCGUGGAGAAAUCUGGACACGCCGUACACCCUGAAGUUUACAGCCAUGGACAAUACCACCAUUAUUAGUAGGUCUUAUACUACUUCGAUUUUGGACGUUUUUGUAUCUUAUUUAUUGAAUGUGAUUGUUUUGUA